GAGCCCUGACUCAGCUGCUGCUGCCGCACGAUCCUUCUCUCUGCUGUCAAUCUCUGUCAUGCCUCUGAUGCAUGGGCAUGCUGACGCUGCUCUCCGCCAUCCGUGAGUAACGCACACUUACAUUUAGCGAUCGCUGCUGACUCUACACACAUGCACGGGCACACUGGGGUUUCACUUGGGUAUGGUCAUGUGCUGAAGACAAAAGGGCUUUCGCUGAUCUGUUUCUCUGGCUUGAGCUUUACAUGAAUCCUUCUUCCCUUCCUGAAUAACUGACUUAACAUUUCUUUCUAUCUGCUUGGUGCUUACCCUUGGAUUGCAGUUCAUCUUAUAGCUAAACAAUCAGUGCCUGUGGAGAUUGUUGAAGUAUUUUGGUCAAACUACCAUUGGUGCAUGUUACUGACGUUAAUGUGCAUGCAGUGGCCCCAAAUAAUAUUUGGAGAUGUAGCCAACACUUAAAAAUGUAUGAAUGUCAUUGCAUUAAAUAAACAACCUUAUUUCUUUAAAAUAAAGGCCACUUAUUGUUAUAUUUUAUGCAUAAAAUAGGUAUAGGUGAAAAAACAAUCUUACUUAUCAGUCAUUUGACAAAUGUAGGCCUGCUCUGAAACAAAAUGCCUAUGUGCCAUUGAUACUCUUACAGAUUACAGAUUUUGUUUCAUAGGUAGGUCAACUACAAAAAAUGUGGGGUCCCAUGAUCAUUUGGUUAUAAUUUAUGACUUGAAUAUCAGUUUGUAUUGAACUAUCGUUAAAAAGUUUGGGGUCAUUUUUUUUUUUUAAAGAAAUUAAUACUUUUAUUCAGCUAGGACGCAUUAAGUUGACAAUAAAGACAUGAUACAAAAGAUUUCAAAUGGUGUUCUUUUGACCCUUCUAUUAAAAAAUCCUGAAAAAAAAAAAAAAAUCACGGUUUCCACAAAGAUAUGAAGCAGCACAACAAUAUUUUCAACAUUGAUAAUGAUAAGAAAUGUUUUUUGAGCAGCAAAUCAUAAUAUUAGAAUGGUUUCUGAAGGAUCAUAUGACACUGAAGACUGGAGUAAUGAUGCUGAAAAUACAGCUUUGCCAUCACAGGAAUACAUUACAUUUUAAAAUAUAUUAAAACAGAAUGCAUUAUUAUUUUAAAUUGUAAUAAUAUUACACAUUUUUACUGUUUUUGCUGAAUUUGUCAAAUAAAUGCAAACAUAGUAAGCGUAAAGAGACUUAUUUUGUAAACAUUAAAAAAGUUACUGCCCCCCAACUUUUCAAUGGGAGAUAUACUAUGCAUAUUUUUUGUUUUAUAUAAUGCGAUGACGUUCAUUUAUUUUUACGUGUCGCUUAAGUGUUUGAAUACUUUGAAUACUCUGUGGCCACAUGGGGUACAAUUGACAUUCUUGAUAUGGCAGAUCACAUGCAUAAUUAUUCUAUGCACCGAAUUAAUCGCAAUGAAGCAGUUAAAAUCUCUGAUUGUCAGAAUAAGCAGUUGGGUGUUAUGGAUUACCUUUGCUUUUUAGCAUGUCCUGGCAGCUUCAUAUGACUGGUCAAUAUGUCUGUUGGUUUUUGGGCUGUUCUUGGUUCCAGAUGCUUUUUUGUGCAGGUUUAGUACCAGCCACUAGGUGGUGUGAUUGUUUCAUCUUUUGGCCUCUAGGGCCCAGAGCUCCACUAGCUCGGUCCCUUCAUCUUGUUUAAUCCUUUGUCUGUUCUUCCCCUCUCCCUCUAUGGUGACUCCUGUGUGCCUUAUUCCAGUGUCAUUGGACAACCAGCACAUGCUACACUACAUCCGGGACAAAACGGCCGUGCCGUACUUCUCCAAUUUGGUCUGGUUCAUUGGAAGCCACGUCAUCGAGCUGGACAAGUGUGUGCAGACUGAUGAAGAACAUAAAAACAGAGGAAAACUCAGCGAUCUGGUAGCCGAGCAUCUGGACCAUCUCCACUAUUUGAACGACAUCCUCAUCAUCAACUGUGAGUUUCUCAAUGACGUGUUGACGGACCACCUGCUCAAUCGCCUGUUCCUGCCCCUCUACGUGUACUCUCUGGUCAGCCAAGAGCAGUCUGAAGAUCGUAAGAUCAACCCUCAGGUGUCACUCUACCUGCUGUCACAGGUGUUCCUAAUCAUCCACUACCAGCCGCUCGUCCACUCCCUGGCUGAUGUCAUUCUGAAUGGAGACUUGUCGGUGUUCACCGUGCAGACAGAGCAGAGCGCUCACAAGAGUUCAAGCAAUGCCGGUGUUCGUCGCUUCACCAAGCCCCCAGAAAGUCUGGAGCGUUCCCUUGAGAUGAGUCGUCAACGUGGGAGGAAGAGGGCUCAGAAAAGACCCAACUACAAGAACGUGGGCGAGGAAGAGGAGGAGGAACGAGGAUCUGAGGAAGGGCCGGAAGACGAGAAGGAAAAGGCUAAAGGUACAGAGGCUAGUUCAAAGGCCAGCAGGACAAGUGGGGACAAGGAAGAAAUUGAGAUGGUGGUGAUGGAAAAAUGUAAGAUCUCUGAUGUGUCUACGUUGACGGAACAGAACAUUACAGACGAGGAGAAGAGCGCUGCUGCGGCAGCACGAUCCGAAGGCCAGAAGAGCAGGCCUUUCCUGGACAUGUUCUAUAAUGCACUGGACUGUGAGAAAGAGGAUUACCAGGCUUUGUUUGUGCUUUGUCUACUGUAUGCCGUGUCUCACAGUAAAGGUAUAAACCCAGAGCUCUUAGAGAGGAUCCAGCUGCCUGUGCCAAAUCAAGAGAGGAGCUCUUACAGUCAGGUGCUGGUGGAGAGAGUGAUCCGAAUCAUGAGCCAGGCUGCUCAGCCAGAUGGAAAGGUGCGUCUUGCCACCCUGGAGUUAAGCUGUCUGCUUCUGAAACAGUCUGUGCUGUCUGGCUCUCAAUGCAUUAUAAAGGACAUCCAUUUGGCCUGUUUGGAGGGUGCCCGUGAAGAGAGUCUUCACCUUCUAAGGCAGUUUUAUAAGGGGGAGGAGAUCUUCCUGGAUAUGUUUGAGGAUGAGUACAGGAGCAUGAUGAAUAAGCCCCUAAACGUGGAGUAUCUUAUGAUGGAUGCGUCCAUUUUACUUCCUCCCACUGGCACCCCUCUUACCGGCAUUGACUUUGUGAAGCGAUUGCCCUGUGGAGAUGUCGAGAGGACGCGCAAGGCUAUCCGUGUGUUCUUCAUGCUGCGCUCGCUGUCCCUACAGCUGCAAUGUGAACCAGAAACUCAACUUCCUCUCACACGACCGGAGGAUCUCAUCAAGACUGAUGAUGUGCUUGACCUAAAUAACAGUGAUCUUAUUGCGUGCAUGGUGGUGAGUAAAGAUGGGGUUCAAGCUCAGCGCUUCCUGGCUGUAGAUGUGUACCAGAUGAGUCUUGUAGAACCGGAUUCAAAGCGUCUCGGCUGGGGUGUUGUCAAGUUUGCCGGCCUUCUGCAGGACAUGCAGGUUUCAGGAGUAGAAGAUGACAGCAGGGCUCUGAACAUCAUCAUACACAAGCCCACAUCUAACCCUCAUGCCAAGCCUGUGCCCAUCCUGCAGGCUAACUUCAUCUUUGCAGACCAUAUUCGCUGCAUCAUCGCCAAACAGCGACUAGCCAAGGGCCGCAUCCAGGCCAGGCGCAUGAAAAUGCAGAGGAUAGCAGCUCUAUUGGACCUUCCUGUUCAGCCUUCCACAGAAGUGCUGGGCUUUAGCCAACCAUCUGUUGCAUCAUCACUGCCUUUCCGCUUCUAUGAUCAGUCCAGACGCGGCCCAGCCUUCGCCUCUGUAGAUAAAGUUCCAGGUUUUGCAGUUGCUCACGUUGCCCAGCAUAACCCCACAUCAACUUCCUCCACCUCGUCACUUUCUGGUGGCCCCACUGGCCCGUGUGACUCGAUCACAGCCAGCAGCGCAUCCACACACACUGCAACACAGAGUCAAACAGGACUUUCGCUGGCGCCUAGCCUCACCCCUGCACCACAACCCACCAUCUCCCUCCUGUCUAACAAUGACGCCGAAACUCUGAGCGUGGACUCCUUGACCCUGUUGCCCCCCGCCGACCCGCCUCGCCUGCGCUCCUUCAGCACCCAGUCCUCCGUCCAGGAUGAUGCAUCUGCAGAAGGGGAUGAGAUGAUUCCUGCUGGCCGAACAGAAGAUGACCGCAUGGGAGCAGCGGACACACAGUCUCAAGACGACAGGAAGGAUAUUCCCGUCAUACGAGAGGAAGAUGAGGCAUCUCCUGAGUCUAGGCCAUUGCUUGGUGAAGAAACUGAGGAUUUGACAAAUGUUCAGAGUGAUGAACCUGUGACUCAGUCCGAGACAGACUCUGCAGGCGUCACAGCCAACCAAGAGGACAGCCCAGACCUGGAGGAGGAGACCGCGAUAGACUGAUAUGUCUAGUGCUACUAAAACUAAAACAUACUAAAGGAAUAAGGGCCAGGUUACUAAAGCAAGAAAUGUUAUAUUGAUUACUCAAUGUGAGCAUGACUGAUUAAGGUUUGCACAUGCUUUCAGCUUUAGUAAUUCAGGCCCUCAGUUGUAUCCGUGUAGUUGCCGACUGUGUCAACACAGCGGUUAACGAUACUUCUCUUUACAUCAAGACCAUGAAACAUUUCAGAGGAAAACGGCACAUUCAGAACAAUGUUAUUGUUCGUCACGAGUGCUGCUUAAAGCACAGUCUUUUUUCUGUUGUGUGUUAUUCUUUCUGCUCUGGUGCUGAGGUGUUUCAGCUGUUUCUCUGCAUGUGUGACUCUUUUGUGAUUGUGCGUGACUGUUCGAGUGUGUGCGCGUAUGGUUUUAUGAUGCUGAGCAGACGGAGAAGAAAGGGCGUGUUCGUAUAAAUAUGUAUCUGAGUGGGUUAGUGGGGAAUGCCCACUUGAUUUUACCAGUCUUAACACUGAGGAAUGUACAAAGACUUCUGAGUCUAUCCAGCAGUGCUCUUUUCUGAAGGUGUAUUUCAUUUUGGUUGAACAUUCAUUUGCACUUCAAUGGUGGGUUUUUAAAAAAAGCCCUUUUGUGUCAUUCUUUGGAGAUUAUAAGGAACAGAUCCAGUAUGUGCUUAAAGUGACCCGUUUUAACUCAUCAUUGUAUUCAACCCGUGAACUCUUGCUCAGUUUUGGCAGCGCAGGAGGUUUAUCCAACCAUCCACCUUUGCUCCACCAAGCCUUUUUGCAUUAAAAUAUACUGACUCACCUAUGUCAGUCACGUUCUAAAGUGAGUUCUUUUUCUUCCAUCAGGUGAUUCCAUCAUCGAGUUUCAUUCCUGGGCGUUUAUGUCACUGCCGUACCUUCACGCGUUUGCUUUUGUUCUAGAAGAUUUUGCAAUCUGCUGACACGGGAUGAAUAUGCCAGUUUUCGUUCACAUAGUUACGGCGUUAAGUACUUUGAGGUGGUCUCUUCCUGUUUUUAAGGCUGAGGCGACUUUUCCUUUUUUUUUUUUUUUAGGCGUGUUUUAAUGUUCUUUAACACUUAAUAUACUAGAGGUCAUCAAGAGCUUGUGCUGGACACAUAAUCAAAGCUGGGUGUGAUGUAUUUGUGGUUUCGUUUUACUUUGGUGUGCAAUAACAGUAAUUCAGGACUCAUUUAUUUCACUUACAGAGUCCAGUAGUUGGACUACCGUCACUAAUGGACUGAAAUGGAUAAUUAAUUUUUGGUUUAUAGACAGCAGCACAUAGAAGGGAUCCACAGGUUCUUGCGAUGUGGCACCGAUGCAGAUGUGUGGUAACCAUGACUGGGCGCUUUAUUCUUUAAAGAAACGCACUCAGAUUUAAGCUUUAUCAAUGGAGUUUGUAAAAUAUUACCUUUAAAGCAAUACAAUUAAUUCUGCUUAUAUCAGUAUUUUGAGGUUAAAUUCAUUGUCGAAAAGGGGGCACGGGGGGAGGGUGGCAUUAUAGUUUGUACACAGUGUAAAGAUUUGUUUUGAUCUGAUGUUAUAAUUAAUUACCAAGUCAUGCAAUAAAUUAUUCUGAUGUAAAUUUUGGUUGUCUUACCAUUUUUAAUCUUUCAAUUACGUUUAAUGAAGAAGCAGCAUUUCAUUAAACAUUAAUCUGCCAUAAAAUCUGUCGCUUCACACUGUUUAUCUGUAGUUGUUAAUCUGAAAAAUACAUUUGUAAAUUUCCUGUUCUGGUGAAAUGCCUGUUAAAUUCCUGAUAGUCAUCAUUUCCAAGAAUAGGUGGGCUUCUCUGGGUCUCUUGAUGAUAGAUGUAAACUCUUGUAAAAUGUGGAAAUGAAAUGUGUGGUUAUUUUCUUU